AUGUCUGCACAUGACAUCGUGUCCUCCUCACAUCCAGAGGGGGCGACGAUCGUCGAGGAGAAGGAGCCCAGUCAAGAUGACGCGGGGAGAAACGGAGACUCGGACAAGACGGCGUCGGGGUCAUCCAAGCGCUUUAACCGACUGGUGACGACGUCCGCAGUGGCUGCAGCUCUCGCCGAAGUGCAGGGAACCGAAGCACAGAGUGAACGUACCAAGAGGAGACGAGUCGAUCGACGGCAUUCAGGAGCAAUGGAGACUGACAAGCACAGUACCGAUGCAGCAGCACAGCCUCUUGCGCAUCGCAUGAGUGCUCCUCAUAUUGACCCAGUCCCUGCGGUCUCAGCAGAGGUAUCGAAGCAAAGUAUCUCACCUCGGACUCAGCUCAAACGAGCCACGAGUACGCAUCUUGCAGGUAUGCGGGAACGACUUAAAGCUGCUAAACCAGCGGAGACAAAUGGAUCAACUACACUAACUACUAAGCGUCCAAGUACCGCAACAACGCCGACAUUUAAGCGAAUGCCCAGUUCCGGUACAACUCCGUCGUUUCGAGCAGUGGCCAAGGCGGUGGCCUCGACAACUGCAACGAAAGACCAAGGGCAGAAUUAUGAACAGAUGAUGGCGCGCUUUCAAUUGCGACGGCUUGAAUUCACAGGAUCCGGUCGAAAUCUUGAGACUGACAGGAAAAUGCUCCACCGACGAAGUACAGCGUAUAAAGUUCCAGUGUUUUCCGAGAUGAGCCAACACCGUAUAGAUGACAGCCUACGCUCCACACACCGGCGAAGCGAGGGUGAACAAAUCGAUACCACAAUCGGUCGGGAAGGUGACAGGGAUAUUUUAACCACGUCCCAGUCACGUGCCGAUUCACAAGCAGAGGAGAGUCCUCGUCGUCCUGGAGCGCCUUCUUUCCAUUCAAAUAACAUAAGUAUUACACCUCCUGCAACUGCAUCAGUAGCUCCAGUUGAUCAUCUAGGAUCGACGAACGGAACUUUAGGAGGAUCAAUGCGCUCCAUUGCAUCUGCAGUCAAGGUUCCUCAUUCUUCAGCUGUAGAACCCGAUCAAACUCGCAUUUCCCAGCAACAAGAGAAGACUGAACAAGGCCAAUGGCAACAACGGCAAUCUAUCGCAUCCAGAAAAGAAUCUGGUGGCGUUCUAAAUCGAGAUCUAUCCAGUUUUCAGAAAUUUAAUUCCCGCGCAGGAAAUCGACCACGUCCGCUUCCACGUUUCAAAAAGAGAGUGCGAACGGUACUUACGAGGUUAAGUACACCUUUAUCCCCCUUUUCAAGGACAGCUCGCGUGCGCAGCUUUAUCUUGUUGUUGGCUUUCUGCGUGCACACACUGGGGUUUCCGUAUGAGGAAGCUUUCCACAAUGGCGGACGCGCGUGGUUCAUUACCGUCGAUUCCGUGACUGAAAUGGUAUUUUUCGCAGAAUUUUUACUCGCAUUUAACACGAGUUAUGUCAACAAACGCGGAGUUCUCGUGGUUUCCAGACGGCAUAUCGCGUGGAAUUUCCUCACUGGAGCGUGCAUGUUCCAGUUCGUAGCUGCAUUUCCGUUUCGAACAAUUAUGAAAAAUUCGGGUGAAAAGAUCACACAAGCUGAAAUCGAACACGAUGCAUUCGGCCGCUUUUCACAUACGCUUCUAGACAUCGUCAUCCGCUCUCAUCGUGUUGUACACAUCUUACGGUUAUUUCGUGAAAUUGGGCAGGCCCGUGGAGCUCGAAUCGAAAGAUCAGUAUGGGGGUGGCUAUUGUAUUCUCGAUAUUCCCAUUUGUUAAAAAUUGUCUGGAUUGUGGGCGCUGUGGUGCUAAUAGCACACUGUAUCGCGUGUUGCUGGAGACUUUUACUUAUUGACGCCACCCGUGCCGAUCCCUCUUCAAUUGUGGACAGGACCUGUGGUGUUCCGAUUGACUCGAAUGUUGAAUUAGAAGUGUAUGCUGAGUGUUUCUACGUCGCAAUGCAGUUGCUACAAGGUCAGAGUCUCACCACCCACUCCGCCCGGGAAGAUAUCUUUGCAUCCGGUGUAAAUUUACUGGGUUCUAUUUUACUAGCCGUGAUUUUCGGUCACGUGGCGAUGCUAGUGGCAAAUUUCAACGCGAAUUCCACUGCUUAUCAACGUAAAAUGGAGUCGGUGUUUGCAGGAAUGACCAAGAUGCAGUUACCCGCACCGUUGAGGGAACGAAUACACCAAUAUUACGCCCAUUUAUGGCGAGAAUACGAAGCUUUGGACGGUGCACCAUUGGAGCGCUUUGCAAAAGAACUCUCGCAUAACCUUACUCUCGAAGUUGUGCUCUUCAAAUACAUGGAGUUAGCAAUGCACGUGCCAUUCUGGGAGAACUGUUCACCCGAUUUCCAGAAAACUCUGGUGUUGAGUCUUGACACUCGUGUGUAUCUUCCCGAUGAUUUUAUUGUACGUCGUGGUGAGGUCGGAGAUGAAUUUUACAUGAUCAAUCGAGGCAUGUGCGAGUUGGUGGGGAGUACCGAUACUCAGGAACAUGCCACGGAGCCACUAGCUCGACGACGUUCGCAGCUGGGUGAGCACAGUGAACACCCUGGCGAUACUUCGACACUUUACACAACGUCACAUGAUGGGACAGUUUAUCCAGAUCGUGACGACCACGGCGCUCACGUUGUGGCUCGAAAUUCCCAAGUGAAUCCGCCGACGGUUAAGACUUUAACGCGUGGUCAAGCGUUCGGUGAGAUGGCAUUGCUGAUGAAUUAUCAGCGAACAGCGAACGUACGUGCUAUGACGUACGUUGAGAUGUGCGUACUGAGUCGUACCGCCUUCCAGGCCGUAUUAACCAGAUACCCUGCCGAUCGCAAACAUGUCAUCUCCCAGAUUCUCAUUUCGUCACUGGAAAACAACGAGCGGUUCGGCAUCCCGUGUCAUCUUACGGCCAUGGUUCGCUCCGUGUUUGCUGAUGAGGUGGAUGGAGCAGCCAAUGGUGAAAAGUUCAUCACUCCUCGCCGCGCUGCUAAGCUCGUUGCCUGGGCUGUAAACCCCGAUGUCGAGGAUGAUUCUAUCAAAUUUGCAUUGAGUAAAAAACUCAAGGACCAGCUCGUUGCAGUCCGCGACCAGGAGUUUGUGGCUUCUACACCUGUAGAUGAAGACACCACAGGUAAGACUGUUGGUAGUACACCUGCUCUGCCUUCGCCCAGAUCACGGGAGAGUCGAAAGCGCGGUCGUGACGACGAGAAGGAAUGUGGCUGCACAUGCCACUGCUCCAGUCACUCCAUACCAAAGAACCCAAUGAAACCGGAGCCCGAGGUGGACUCGCAAGUUGUGAAGCUCGAAGGCGUACAAACACAAGCUUUGUCAUUAAUUCAAGAGCUUCAACGCGGGAUUCAAGAUACAUUACAUCCUACUCAACAACUUUCCCAAUUGAGUAACGUUGACACCAAUCCGGUUUCCGAUCUGGGUGCCCCCAAUAGUAUCUCCAGCAAUGACCCGACUAGUGCCAAGACGGUGAUUACUAUCCAGCAACGGCGGUCGAAAUUCAUCAGCACUCGUUCGACUUCAGCCCCGAAUUUUGCAGAUCUGGACUCGACGGCAGGCCGGGCAUCCGAUAUUAACCCGAACGAAAACACGAACGCGAAUAGUGGUGAACUAAGCCCAGGGGAUAAGUUCACCCCUGCGAACACUCCCCCCAAGCCGAUACAACGAGCGAUGACAGCGCGUUGGCUCAAAACGUCCGAAACCACGGAAACUGGGGGUGAACCAAGUGUAGGGGAUGAUAUGAUCAAGUCCAAACCUGCAAUCACUCCACCCAAGCCGAUUCAGCGAGCGGUGACUGCGCGGUGGCUCAAGACGUCUGAGAACACUCGACCGUUGAGGCUUCAGAACUCUUUUACGCCUUUGGUGCGUCCUCGAGCUCCUUCUGGCAGCAGCUCUCAGCGGUUCAUCCAACGAGUGACACACCAGUUGGCAAGUUUGGCCACGUCUUCCAAUUCGAUGGUGCAAGAUUCACCCACGAGGUACGCCGACCAGCUUUUCAAAACGGCGCAGUCGACACGAGAAACUGCACCGGGCGGGACGGAAAUCUCGUUUAGAGAAGACAGCAACAUAUCGGAGGCGAGAUUCUAAGGUACAAGUGAAAAAAAUAGAAGUUUAGCCAUGACUAAAAACGUUUUAGUCAUGUCAAAAGUUUAGUAAAAAGUACGAUUCUGAAAUCGAUCAGAUUUGGACACUUUUGCAAAGCCG